ACCAGGAAGAAGAAAGCCAAACAGGCAUCGAACAUGGAGGAGGAGGAGAAGAAGUACAAGAGCAUUGACGACAUCCUCCCUCCUGACCUGAUUCACAGAAUCUUCCUGAAAGUGCCUGCCAAACAUCUCGCUAGCCUCAGGUGCGUUUCGAAGCUGUGGUACUCUUUAAUUUCCGAUCCACAAUUUGUGGAAUUCCAUUUUCAGUACUCUCCCGCAGUCACCAACACAUUCAUCUUCAUAGCAAAAGGCUGUGUGUCAUGCUUCGUUGACUUAGACGCACUAUUUAGUGUCAACAAUGAUGCAUUACAAGUGAAAAGGGUGUCUCCCCCUUUCAAGAUGAAAUCACCGCCUUAUUUUGAGGUCCUGGGAUCGUGCAGAGGCUUUGUUCUCUUACGUGGACAAGGAAAUUUUCUUGUGCUAUGGAACCCACUGACGGGAUCCAGCAAAGGAAUAUCCUACUCUCGUAUUGCUUCUCGUUGUAAGAACAAGGGCUACUGGAUUCCCCGCGAGUUCCUUGUUUAUGGAUUUGGUUAUGAUGCAUCACAGGAUGAUUACUUACUUGUUGUAGCUUGCCAUGAUAAGCAUGGCCAAGCUCACUUUAAUUGCUUGUCCUUGAAAACCAAUUCAUUUAUUUAUUUUGAUGCUGCACCCCCCAAACCCUUGGGUUUUUAUAAUUGGAAUCCUCGUGGGUUGUUCUUUAACGGCGCUAUUCAUUGGGUGCCUUCCUAUCUUCAAGAUUACAGGAAUGCUAUUCUUAUCUUUGAUCUCAAGGAAAGGACUUUUUCAAUGAUAUCUGCACCGGAACAAAUGUUAAUCAGUGCAUGCCGCUCUCCAGGUCUCGCCCUACUAGGAGGCUGCCUAGCCUUCUAUUAUGGCAAUCUUGAUAGCAUUAUCACUGACAUAUGGGUGAUGAAAGAAUAUAAAGUGCACUCAUCUUGGAUUCUCUAUCAGAUUCCUUGCUUUGGCUUUCGGCCUCUGUGCUUAUCCAGUGAUAUGAAUCUUAUUGGAAAAGGUGAUACUUGUGAUAAAUUGGAGUUCUACAUAUAUAAUCUCAGAGAAGAGAGGCUCCAAUAUUUUAAAUAUCCAUGUUUUCCGGCUGCCGUUUUUGAAGCCAAUGCUGUGUAUACAGAGAGUCUCUUGCCACUCCCUAGUGACAUUAAGGAUAAGGAUGAGAAGGAGGAGGAACAGGGCCAUCAAUUUCUCCACGAAUUUUUUGAACUACUUGAUGUUGCUAAAGGUUAGCAUUACGAAGGAUUCAAACAAGGAAAGAAUACAAGUGAACAGCUUGACACGUGGAGAAAAACAUUUGAAAAGUGCAGAUGAAGUUUAGUCUCUUUGAAUCCAGUAUAUCUUUUGAAUCAAAUCUACUAAUAAUAUUUCUUAGUUGGUUAUGCAGAACUUUAGAUGUUUUAUUUUGCUGGUUACAUAAUAUACUUUUUCUUUUAAUCUUACCUUUA